AGUGUGCCGCGGGCGCGCGUGUGUGUGUGUUUGCUUUGGGUGAAAGUGGCAAGGAGCUACACCGAAGGAAAAGGAGCAUCAACCGCAGGCUACGUCGGGAGCUACAUCGCGGUGGUUCGAAGAACCGCGAAAGGAAGCGAUCUUGAGUGCGGCGAACGUUCGCGCAAUAAACCUGGGCCAGGGCAGAACCAAGGUCGGCAAAGGCAACACGCUCCUCGCGCACGAUGACGAAGAAGUUCGAGUUCAACUGGCAGAUUCCGGUCCCGGAGCCGCUGCUGACGGGCUGCGUGUUCGACCGGUGGACGGAGGAGAAGGACAACAAUGAGCUGGAACCCAACUGCACGUUCAAGGUGGACGAGUAUGGGUUUUUCAUCUACUGGAAAAGCGAAGGACGGGAAGGUGACGUUAUUGAAUUAUGUCAAGUCAGCGAUAUCAGAGCGGGCGGAAUGCCGAAGGACAUGAAGCUGUACAAUCAGCUGUGCAACAAGCACGGCGAGAACGUGGAAGAGAAAUCGCUGACCAUCUGCUCGGGCACGGAUUACAUCAACAUCAACUACCAGCAUGUCGUCUGCCCGGAUGCGGCGACAGCGAAGCUGUGGCAGCAAGGACUUCGCGAUAUUACCCACAACAGCAAGAUAAACAACGUGUGUGUCCGCACGAAUCUGAUGAAGCAUUGGAUGCGGCUCGGCUUUCUCGUUGAUCCUCGAGGAAAGGUCCCGGUAAAGGUGGUCGCCCGAACAUUCGCGUCUGGUAAAACGGAAAAAUUAGUCUAUCAAAUCCUGUCCGACUUGGGGUUGCCCAGUGGCAAGAACGAUGCGAUCGAAAAGGCUGACUUUACGUUCGAGAAGUUCUACGAGCUGUACCACAAGAUCUGUCCCCGUAACGACAUCGAGGAGCUUUUCCGCUCGAUAACGCAGGGAAAGGCGAACUCCAUCAACUUGGACCAGUUUAUCACCUUCCUGAACGAAAAGCAGCGCGAUCCGCGGCUGAACGAGAUCCUGUACCCGCUGUACGACGAGAAGCGUGCCCUGGAAAUCAUCACCAUGUACGAGCAGAACGAUGAGGCCCGGGAAGCGAAAACCCUCACCAAAGAUGGACUGAUCCGGUAUCUCAUGUCGGACGAGAAUGCGCCCGUCUUUCUCGAUCGGCUCGACAUCUACAUGGACAUGGAUCAGCCCCUGUCGCACUACUACAUCAACUCGUCCCACAACACGUACCUGUCCGGGCGGCAGUUCGGUGGCAAGAGCUCGGUCGAGAUGUACCGCCAGACGUUGCUGGCCGGCUGCCGGUGCGUGGAGCUCGACUGCUGGGACGGCAAGGGCGAGGACGAGGAACCGAUCAUCACGCACGGGAUGGCCAUGUGCACGGACAUCCUGUUCAAGGACGUAAUCUACGCACUGCGCGAUACGGCGUUCGUUACGUCCGACUACCCGGUGAUCCUGUCGUUCGAAAACCACUGCUGCAAGUCGCAGCAGUACAAGCUGGCCAAGUACUGCGACGAAAUAUUGGGCGAUCUGCUGCUGAAGGAACCGAUCCCGGACUACCCGCUCGAUCCAGGAGCAGCGUUGCCGCCGCCGUCCUUCCUGAAGCGCAAGAUUUUGAUCAAGAACAAGCGACUCAAGACGGAGGUGGAGAAGAAGGAGCUGGAACUGUUUCUGCAGGGCGAGUUCGUGAUCGAGGACGAGGACAAGGAGGACGCCAGUGCCGUGGUCGAUGUGAAGAAGAUCGAAGAGCUUGCGGUAGGUGGUGGGGCGGGUGCGGCCGCCGUUGCACCGGUAGCGGCCGCGGCCGCUUCGCAGGAUGGUGGCGAAGAAGCGCCCCCCAUCCAGUACACCGGUUCCACCACCAACGUGCACCCGUGGCUCUCGUCAAUGGUAAACUAUGCACAGCCAGUCAAGUUCCAGUCGUUCGACUACGCGGACAAGAAGAACGUGCACCACAACAUGUCGUCGUUCGCCGAGACGACGGGCAUGAAUCUGCUAAAGUCGCAGGCCAUCGAGUUUGUCAACUACAACAAGCGCCAGAUGUCGCGCAUCUACCCGAAGGGCACGCGGGCCGACUCGUCCAACUACAUGCCGCAGGUGUUCUGGAACGCCGGCUGCCAGAUGGUGUCGCUCAACUUCCAGACGUCCGACCUGCCGAUGCAGCUGAACCAGGGCAAGUUCGAGUACAACGGCAACUGUGGCUACCUGCUGAAGCCGGACUUUAUGCGGCGUUCCGAUCGUAGCUUCGACCCGUUCGCGGACGCGCCAGUCGACGGGGUGAUUGCCGCAUCGUGCGCCGUACAGGUGAUCGCCGGCCAGUUUCUGUCGGAUAAGAAGGUCGGCACGUACGUCGAGGUGGACAUGUACGGCCUGCCAUCGGACACGGUGCGCAAAGAGUUCCGGACGCGCAUGGUCCCGGCGAACGGACUGAACCCGGUGUACAACGAGGAACCGUUCCUGUUCCGCAAGGUGGUGCUGCCCGAUCUGGCCGUGCUGCGGUUCGGGGUGUACGACGAAAACGGCAAAUUGCUCGGGCAGCGCAUUCUGCCGCUCGAUGGUCUGCAGGGUGGCUACCGGCACAUCUCGCUGCGCACGGAGGCCAACUUUCCGAUGUCACUGCCCAUGCUGUUCUGUAACAUCGAGCUGAAAAUCUACGUCCCGGACGGGUUCGAAGACUUUAUGGAUGCACUGUCCGAUCCGCGGGCGUUCAUGGGCGCGGCGAAGGAACGGUCGGACAACAUGCAGAAGCUGGGCAUCGAGGAGACGGGCGGCGGCGGUGGCGGGGCAACCGAGGCGAAGAAAGUGGAAGUUACGGAACCACCGCUCGUGUUUGACCCGAUCACGGUCGAUUCGCUGCGCCAGGAGAAGGGCUUCCAGAAGACGGCCAAGAAGCAGCAGAAGGAACUGGACGCGGUCAAGAAGAAGCACGCCAAGGAGCGGACCGGCGUUCAGAAGCAGCAGAAUGGGGCCAUCGAGCGGCUGAUCAAAGGCAAGAGCAAGGACGAGAUCAAAGCCGACCCGGCGGUGCGCAAGCUGAUCCAGGAACAGAACGCCCAGUGGACGGAGAUGGCCGAGCGGCACAAGAAGGAGGAGUGGGACCUCCUGAAGCAGCAGCUCGCCGACCAGCAGGACAUUCUGCGCAAGCUGAUGGAAACGACGCAGGCGGGCCAGAUGAAGCAGCUGGAGGCGAAGCACGAGCGCGAGAUCAAGGAGCUAAACAGCCGCCAGGCCAAGAUUUCGGUCGAAACGUCCAAGGAGGUGAACAACGACAAGACGCUCAAGACGAAGGGCGAAAAGGAUCGGCGAUUGCGCGAGAAGAAGCAAAACAACAUCAAGCGAUUCAUGGACGAGAAAAAGACUGCCACCAUCAAGCAGAACCGAGAAAAGGAGAAGCUAAAGGUUACCCACGACAAGCAGCUAGAGGAGCUGGCCAACGACGUGCAAAAGCUCAUCGAAAUGUACAAAGUGGACGAGGAGGAAUACAAGCUGGCCUCAAAGUAUGAGUUUUUCGCCUAAGCACCGUUUGGUGAACCCAUCUCAUCGAAAGAACGGGACUCACGCGCCUCGGCAUAAAACCAGGGGCACCUAUCGAAGCUGGUUGGGAACAACGGCAUCUCGGAAAAUAAAUAAACCUAAGUUUCUUUUAUUGUCAUUGAAUCACCUUCAUGUACCGCGCAUCGUCCGAAGGGCAUAGCUUUUGGGCAGACGAAGUGUUCGGCUCAUGGUUGGCGGAUUGUGGCGGAUUCAAAAACAACCUGCAUUAAGCUGUUCAAACCACAGACAAAUCAUUCAGGAAGUCGCGAAGGCGGGGCGCCCGGAAUUUGGCUGGAUCUCAGGCACGGCGCCAAAGUACCCCAACGUUCUAAGUCGGAGCCUUAGUUGGAACAUCCGGUUUUUGUUUCAAUGCAGUCGGGAGACCAAAUGAGCACGGUAAUUUCAAAAAGGGUGAAGACAAACGCAAUACGCAAAUAAUCACACACAUCAAGGAGGCAGAGAAUUAUCAAAGUAAGGUAGGCGACCAAAUAGGAGAAUAGGAGCAUUGGACCGGGGUUGCCGAGCGGUCGUCAGAACUAGGGACGAGAUGAAGGAAGACACUGUCCAGAGAAUGUGUGGGAACAAUGUAAAACCGCUUGCGACCAAUCUCGUGGUAAGAUAGUAAUUAGCAGAAUAGGUAAUGCACAUUCAGGUUCUUCGGCAUCAUUUCGUAAGAUUAUAUGUUGUUGCGAUCUUUGAAGAUUUUGGUUGGCGCUAUUUAUUGGUCUAUUGAAUAGUUUAUUAAGGUUUGUUUGAACUUUGCCUUUCUUUCUCGACAUUGUGUUACGGUUAGCUAAUCCUGUCAAUUGAAACCGAGCAUUGGUGGCACUUUUGUUGGUCGACGCAAACGAAAGAUCGCGAAUUAGUAAAGUUGUAAAGGUUUAAGGAUCAUAAUUUCGAUUCUUCCGAUUUAUUUCCGAAACGGGACAGACGCUUCUUUCACGUUUGUACCAUAUAUGGGGUAGCUCUCUCGCUAGCAGCCCGCUGAAGCAUCAACUUCAACACAUCGUGAGCAUCGUGGGACACGUAUGAAAGUCCAAAACAGCGAAUAGGAAACCGCACUAGUAUUAAGCAACAACAGUCGGGAAAGAUUAUGCAGCAAAACUCACGCUAAAUGCGCACUGCAUUCUGCACACAUCACACAUCUUCAAUGUUACUGUAUCGCAUCGAACCAAAUCAAAAAAACGUAUUCACCACUUGCCGUGAUAGGCAUAGUUUAUUGAAACACUGUGCCCGAGGACUUUAGUUUCCGAACGUGAUUCCUUAACUCGUCGAACACACCGGAACCUAUUGACUUUGUUUCCCUUUUUAGAUGAUCUUCUCUGUGGGCGUCGUUGUGGCCAGUCAGUACCGCGUUAAGGUAAAGAAGUGUUAGAGUUUAGAGAAAUAAUCUCCAAAACCCGUAGUUCAACUGUCUGUCCGCCCUUGCACGUGGCAUGCGCAGGCAAAUAAUCGUACAACGCAGACGUACGCUGGGUCCUAAUCGAAAAAGCCACUACUCAAGAACACAAUCAAACGCAAAAGGUAGCAAAAACACUAAGAACACUGUCAAACCACGCCACUUCCGCUACUGUAAGUGUAGAGCCUAUUUUAUCGAAAGGAGAAGUUCGGUCCAGUGAAAAGCAGCGCUCGCGCUUUUUGAUGUUCACAAUAUUUCGAAUUGAUUGCGAUACAGUGUCCACGCGCCAGGCGUAAAAACUAUAACGAGGAUCACAUUUUCGUUAAAAAGUUUAGGGUAAAUUGUAACAACAGUAGCCCCAGCUGACCUACGUAAACCUUUUACUAUUUAUUAGUGUUCCUCUUAACACUCAAGCCACGGUGUGUAUGUUAUUUUUAAAAUCAAACAUGAAACAGCAGUUCGUCGAACGCUCAGCGCCCGAAACGGACGCGGUGAGCUAAUGAGAGUCAUAUUAGUGCCUAUUUCGAGUCAAUCACGUUCCACCCUUCCACCGCGAGGAUGGUUCGAUUGACUCGUUUCCGUGUCCUGCAACCUACACGCCGCAAACCGUAAAAAAAUCCCUGAACCAGGGUGCUUCGGAUUCGGCCGAUAGAUUGCAGGAUCACGCCCCUUGUUCAUUCACAACACACUCUCCUACAAUUGCACUCUGCUGUUUGUUCCGACUAUCGUUUAGAGGAAGACAAUUAAACGAAACCAAGGAUCGCGUAACAAGGAUCAUAAUCGAUAUAAAUCUUAGAGCGAAGAGAAGUGGCCCGUGUGUCUGUCUUUGCGUUUGCGCCUUCGUUUCAUCUGUCCAUCUCAACGCAAGCAACGUCAACAAUAACACACUCUAGUCGUUACGUUUAAGCCAUGUUAUUAUGUAUCGUAAGAAGUGGGUAGUGAAGCAAAUAGGCAAAUAUUAUCAACCAUAGAAAGGAACAACAAACCCCUACUGACGGUACGGGCCGAAAAUGAAACAACCAUAAAUAAUGCAAUAUAAUAUCAUUCCGAACUGAAACUAAAACAAACGAACAAACAAACAAACAAAACAAAACUACAAAGCAAACCCGACCGAAAUCGUACGCCCGUGAAAAGUGACAAAAGCAGCGUAGCAAAGAAAGGCCAUAUAGGUGUACAGGAGCAGUAUCUGCAGGAAACUCCAAAGUUAUGCAUUAUGACAUGAAGUAUUUUAUUCUUUAGUCAAGCAAACAAACAAAAAAUGAUCAAUAAAAACCCCAACGGAAAACAAAU